UUACACCCCGAUUGAAUAGCAUCCAAUGUAAAAUGAAAGUAUUUUCGCCGUUAUAUCCUAAAUUGAUUGUAAGACCUAUACAACGGGUCACACUGGCUUUAUAUUCAAAAUUACCGACAACCGAAGCGCGUCGAUCGAUACAUACUGGCAGAAUUUUUUCAUUUUAAAAAAGUUGUGCUAGCCGCCGAAUAUUACUGUCCCAAAGUUCACCCAAGAAGCCAGGCAAGAUCGAGGAUAAGCGGUACAGCCGGGAAAUGGACGGGGAUCUAAGAAAGCCUUUGGAAAUCAGGACUGGAAUGAAUCCGCCCGGGACUGGAAUUAGCCAGAGAACAAUUAAUCUCAACGAAGACACAGUGUGCGAGGGAGCCAUGGGCCACUCUGAGGACGUCGAUGACAGCUUUGACGCAUUUGAGAAAAUGUGCGACAAGACUGGAUCAGAUCCGGACAGCACUCUGUUCCAGUAUCUGCACAGUGAGAAUAGAAGCCAGGUGGUGGCCAUGGCCAAGGAUAGGAGUGCCUCGACCAGUCGCAGUACGAAUGAUCAGAUGGAAAUCGAUGCUCUGCGUCGCAUGCUCGAGGCGGUUGGCACGGAUGAUAUGCUGGACAACGAAAGUCCCGUCAAGGGUGUUGAGUGCACCCAGCUGGAGGAUGUGGAAGCGCCCUCUCGCUUCUGGGACAACGACAACACCCUGGCAGGAACCAUUGAUGAUUCCGUUUUGGAUCCCAAGAUCAAAGUAUCGCCAGUAAAGAUGGUUGGUCUGCUUCGCCCCUCGACCAUUAUCGAAGACAAUGAACUAGAGUCAUCAAGCGUGUCAUCGCUGAACAGUUUUCUGAGCGCUCGCACCCGGAAGACGAAUGCAUCCAGUUGUUAUGAAACAGCCACGGAUAGUUCCCUAGCUAGUGGAACGCUCGUGAACGUCGAUGAUCUGUUUCAUGCUGCAAUAGCCAAGGCGAAACCACAAGGCAUGUCUAAGGGGGAGGAACAAGAGCUUCUAAGCGACUUGCACGGAAGCCUUAGGGAGCUGGCGUUGUCCCCUAAGGAGCUGCCAGAGGAGGCAAAGGAUCAAUCGGAUGAUGUACUAGAUGACACAAUUAUUGAGUUAUCCUCCGAUGAUGAUGAGGAGGUCCAGGUCGUUUCAGAAAUCAAACAAGAGGUCUUAACUCGCCUUACAAAUGUCCAGGUGGAUGAGACCAUCGAAGAAAAUCAAAAGGAUGAUAGCAAGGAAGACAAGGAGAACGUCUCGUUGCAUUUCAACGAUACGAUGGAGGAAAUUCAGUACAUGAUGGAAAAGGGCAUGGAGUAUAUAAGCAGUGGAGUUCCAUCACUCGCCGCUAAGCCCAAGAGCCCGAUGUUUCCCAAGCAAAACACAUUCGUGGUGUCACCCAAGAAAAUAGCAAAAUCACCAGUAGCCCGUUUUUUGGAGCCAUCUUUACCGCUGCGUGCCAAUAACAAGCCAAAGGGCUUCGAAGCCUCGCCUAGCAAGGGCAAGCCCAUCCCCAAACAUGACCUCAACAUGGAGUGGACUAAGAAGAAGUUCUUUGGCGCGCAAUCGGGUAUUCCUCAGCUACGCAAUAUUGUCAGCCCCAUUCGCGCAUACACACAGAAAUCGGGCACUGCUCCUCUGAUGAGCCUGUUUCGUCCAACCAGUACCGAUAUAUUCAGUACUUUAGCCAUCAGUGAGCUGGAGCAGGAAUCCCGAUUGUGCCAGCUGAAGCCCAUGUCCAACACGGCGGCCAGCUGCUCAAAGGCGAGCGGUACUAGUGACCUUAUCAAUGGCAUUGACUCCUCCGCCCAUGUGCUGCCAAAGAAGGCUUAUAUAUCUUCGGAGAUUAAGCACGUGGUCGAUGAACGCACUCCCAUCCCUAUGCCUAGUGUGCCACAGAUUCAAAAGUAUCUAAACUCGGCAGUGGAACCGACUGUGCUCCGCCACGAUGGAAAGAUGAAAAUGCCCAAUGCACCAGCCGAUAGAAAGCCAUCCAUAUCAUCAUCGCACAUUCCACGCCGCGCCAAUCACAGCCUUGCGGAUCUAUCGCUCGCCUCCGGUGACGUUUCCCUGUAUACGAUCAGAGAUGCCCAGAAAUUCUAGGCCGCUAAGAGGAAAAAUCUAAAUGUGUUAGGGUUUAUAUUGGAGCGACAAAUAAAUGUAUUUAACUAGUGCUAGUAAA